AUGUCGUACAACGGAGUGGGACUUCAGACACCACGAGGCACAGGAACUUCUGGAUACAUUCAAAAGAAUGUGGCUUCGAAAAGCCGGGAGGGCCUUCGCCAGAAACGUAUGCGUGAAGACGCAGAGAAAGAAAGAAGAGAGGUUAAGACCCGCAUGCAUGAGGCACGCCGUUCUGCUGGCUCAGAAGUCAAAGAGCAUCUCGACAAGCGGUGGAUAGAAGUACAGUGCAUGGAACUAAGAGACAAGUUGGAGGAUGAGGACGUGGAUGAAAAAGAAAUUACAAAGCAGGUCGAUCAGCUACGUCAGGCCUUAUUGCUAAAACCAGCCAAAGAAGAGGAUUCGCCAGCUGAACCACAAAGUAUCAGUAGAAGGGAAUUGGUUGAAAACCUGGACAAAGCGAAGAGUAUCAUUUCUCUGAAGAAUAAAGAUGAUGCCGCUACCAGUGCAGGCAAAGAAAAAGACGCAGAGACGGACCUGUCUGUUCAGAAGAGAAAAGAUGUUUCCCCUGUUAAGCCUCAAUCCCCGAAGUACGUCCCACGAUACGGUGCUAGAUAG